ACAGAGCUGCUGCGACUUUAAGCCCGGGCUUUGGGAUGGGCUGGACUCAUAACGUCAUUUCACUUCUCUUUCUUUUAUUCUUCGCCCCCUCAUCUCCUUCCCUCUCGACAUGACGCUCCGCUACACCCCGGGCCAUAGUGAUGAACUUUCUUUGGCGUUUCUCCCUGCGGAGCUUUUUUUUUUUUUUUUUUUUUCCCGGAGACUCAACUUUUCUGGCGUGUCAUCAUUUGUGGAGUUAGCGCGGCAGAGUCAUCCGAGGCGAGCAGAGCUGCCUGAUAUGUGGAUCCUGUGAAACAGCGUCAGCAGCAACAGCAGCAGCAGCAGCCCAGGAAAUGCAGCGUUUCUCCACUGAUUUAGCGGGACCGAGCGAGUAGAAAUGUGCAGGAGCAAACGGCGAGCCUCGGGACGUUUGCGGGCUGAUUCAGCUGCUUCUCAUCAGCAUGAUGCUUUCUCCUCUCUCUCUGUCUCAGGAUGAGUUCCAUCCGUUCAUUGAGGCUCUGCUGCCCCAGGUCCGUGCCUUUGCCUACACAUGGUUCAACCUCCAGGCCAGGAAGAGGAAGUACUUCAAAAAACAUGAGAAAAGGAUGACCAAAGAAGAAGAGAGAGCCGUCAAAGACGAGCUGUUGGGGGAGAAGGCAGAGGUGAAGCAGAAGUGGGCCAGCCGCCUUCUGGCCAAGCUCAGAAAGGACAUUAGACCUGAAUGCAGAGAAGACUUUGUCCUGUCCAUCACUGGGAAGAAAGCUGCGUGCUGUGUCCUGUCAAACCCGGACCAGAAAGGCAAAAUGAGACGCAUUGACUGUCUCCGACAAGCUGACAAGGUGUGGAGGCUGGAUCUGGUGAUGGUCAUCCUGUUCAAAGGAAUCCCGCUGGAGAGCACCGACGGAGAGCGGCUGGUGAAGGGAGGCCAGUGCUCCAACCCAGUGCUCUGUGUCCAGCCACGACACAUCUCUGUCUCCGUCAAAGAGCUCGACCUCUACCUCGCUUACUACGUACAGGAGAGAGAGGCAGAGCAGAGCAGCAGUCCCAGUCGUACAGGAGUGGGUUCUGAUCAGGAGGACAGUCGCACCGCCACCAUGGAUGGUCCAGAGUUCCAGGAGAGUUUUGUGACUUCAGGAGUUUUCAGUGUCACUGAGCUGGUCCAGGUCUCAAGAACUCCAGUCGUCACAGGAGUAGGACCCAGUUUCUCCAUGGGGGAGCUCCAGGGUCAUCUGGCCUACGACCUCAACCAGUCUGCCAACCAGCCAGUCAGCCUGAGACGAUCACUGGCCAGCACCUCAUCCAGCGGGAGUAAGCGUCAUAAGUCUGGCUCUAUGGAGGAGGAGGCAGAUAGUCCAGGAGGGGAGUAUUACCACUCACCUGCCUCUCCUGCCAGCAGCUCCAGGAACUGGACUGACGACAUGGAAGGAGGUCUGUCUCCUCCAGUGAAGAAGGCAGAGCUGGACAGUCCCUCGCCCCAGGAAGACUCACCAAGACUGGGCUCCUUCACUCAGCACCACCGGCCAGUCAUAGCUGUUCACAGUGGUCUGUCUCGGAGUCCCCAUCCCUCCUCAUCUAUUCAUUUCCCGCCCUCGUCCUACUUCCCCCACGGAGCAAUCCGCUACCCUCCUCACCUGGCCCAGGACCCCCUGAAAGAUCUGGUCUCAUUGGCCGGCGUCCCUGCCAAUCAAAGCGCCAGCUCGCUGAAUGGCAGCAACCAGGUCAAAGUGCUCAAUCACUACAUCUCCUCUCAGAUGUUGGCACCGCCAGGACCAGCGUCCUCCCUGGCCCCUCCCCCGUCCCCUAUCCCCAGGCCUGCAGAGUCAAAGGCCACUCCCACCUCCUCUGAUGGGGGAGCAAACUCACCCACAUCACCCACAUACUCGGCCCCUGGGACCCCCCCUGCCAAUCGCACCUCCUUCGUUGGAGUCACCCCCCGAGACCCAGGUGGACUCUACCAAGCCCAGUCUUGGUAUCUGGGCAACUGAGCGACCUGUGGAGGAAGGCUGACUGUCAUGUCAGUACUGUGCUGGAGGACAGGAAGCAGUGUGGUCCAGACAUUGCCAGAGGGAAAAUCUAUUCAUCUUUGUAGAAGUGUGCGCAUACAUCUAUAUAAAUUAUCCAGUGGGAUAUAUUUCUAUAUUUGUAUGAACCCAGAAGAGACAGCUAUACGGUGGACAGAAAGAGCUUUGCUGCGAGACACUAAAUGCUUCUUCCAAAUGUCCUCUGACGUGAGCUGUGAUGUUCCAGUGAGCUGAUGAGUCUGGUUGGUCCUGAUGAACUGCAGACCAGAACCAGAACCAGAACCAGGCCUCAGCACCCCGUUCUUACGGUAACCCUAGUGUAUUCCCUGGGAUGGAUAUACCUGGGUCUCUACACUACAUCCAGUAAAGGCCUCCUCCCUGGGACAGACACAGACCUCACACCUCUCUCUCUCUCUCUCCCCCCCCAACACCCAGAAUGCCCCUCUCCGCUGCAGGUGCUGCUUAUAAUAUAUGCAAAUAAGCCUCCCUUUUUUUCUGAAGCGACUAGAAAGAGAUCCUGUUGUUGAUUUGUACUGUUUCUUUGCACUUUUGAAUGUGUUAUGGAUCGUCUGAAGAAUUCUUUUCUCUCUUCCCACCAAAAAGACAGAGGCUUUGUCUUUUUUAUUGACAAUCAUCAGCCUGAAACAAUUACGUUGCUUUGCUAAGCUCAUGUUUUUAAGACUGUUUGAUUGUGCUUUUUUUUAUCCGAAAACAACGAGUCAUAGUGGAAUAUAAGAGCUAUAUUCAUGUCCCUCCAACACAACACACAAUGCUACAGCUGGACACCAGGGAAGAGUUGGGACAUCUUUUUAAUAUCCUGCUGCUUCCUUCCCUUCAGAUAGCACUUAUCCAAGCAGCCAGAGGCACCUGUAGCAUGGUGUGUGUGUGUGUGUGUGUGUGUGUGUGUGUGUGUGUGUGUGUGUGUGUGUGUGUGUGUGUAUGUGUGUGUGUGUCUGUGUGUGUGUGUGUGUGUGUGUGUAUGUGUGUGUGUGUGUGUGUGUGUGUCGUCCCUGCUCUGUUCUGAGGAGAUUGUGUUUGGGGGUUUGUACUUGUAUGUAGGUAGAUUAGAGAGAUAUUUAGCAGCGUUGCACUAUGAGAAGGUAACGAUGUUACCCAGCUGGCAGGCUGUGGUGUGUCGGUGGUUGCUAUGACAGCAGGUCAUGUGCACGCUGACUUGAACUGAGCACAAAAUCCAGGUUUCUUGUCCAGAAGGCGUCCCUGACCAGUCUGUGGAGUAGCGUUGGUUUCAAGUCAAACCUUGAUGGUUUUACCACUGGCAACACGAAACAAGUCAAUGAUUUCAAACCAGUCGGUUGCUUUUCUGUGUCAACCUCGUAUGUGACAGUUCUUUAGUGAGGAAACAAUAUUCUGGCUUUUCACAGCUUCAUUUACUCAAUAAUCUUUUGAAAUACAUUUAAUAGCUUAAACAUGCUGCAUUUUAACUUUUGACAAGGUUAGCAUUUAAUAUGAAUACCUGUCUGCACGUUCAAAGAAGGAAGACAGAGCGAGAUGUCAGUUCGGGGCAUAGCAACAACUCGGUCUGUGUGCAGUGGUCAAAGAUCUGAAAGCUGAAUCAAAUUAUCAAAUGUAUCAUUUAUGCAUACUUCUCUGUGAAAUGCAACAGUAGUAAAACGUGUCCUUGGCCUUUUGCUAUUUCAUACACCAUCUCUUUGGAGAUGACAACUCUGAAUAUAAAUUAGAAUUAUAGGAACUCAUAUUUUAUAAUGUGUGCCAUAUUUCAAUCUCCAAGGCUUUGCAGCUGUAAAGCAGACUGGUGACAUGUGUUGCCUGGGGAUGUGGAUCGUUGUUUCUGUGUUGAGGUGCAAUCAGAUUGAACGGCAAGCAAAUUUUCACCUCCGCGUUAUUCACAUGAAUUUGUUUCUGCAGUCUGAAGACGUUACUCCGUGAUCCACACAGCAGCUUACGGCCGUGGUCCCACAGCUGUCUUCCAUCUGGAAAGAUCCAAUGUUUUCUGAGGGUGAAACCAAUAUUUCCAACCACUGCCGCCGGAGCUCCACAAGGGUGUGUGCUUAGCCCACUGCUGUACUCACUGUACUGUUAGUAGAAGUCUGAGCAGCAGACAUAGUGUACGUCCGGUGAAGCCGAGUGGAGCAGUGCUGCGCGGUCAGUGGAAAUAUUGGAUUCAUACACUGUUUUUUAUUGCUCCGGGCAGAAAGCAGACAUCUGUGGGAUCACAAAAAGCCUGUGCAGAUGUAACCUGCUGUAGUGAAAGAUAACUACGGUAGUGACAUUCAGAGUGAAGUGUGAACCCGCUGUAAAGAGUGGCUGUGUGUGUUUGAAAUCAUCUCAUAUUUUCCUCCAGUUCUCUUUGUCUUUUAAAACGUUGUUUUCCACUCACACAGAAGCGUCUUUCUGUUGACUGCCGUGGCUAAAGUUCGGUUUGCGUUCGGUCUGAUCACAGGGGUCUUUUCCGUCCCUUUCCCCCGGGUUAGGGUUAGUGUCAGCGUCUGCAGGCUUCAGAGUUCACACUGAAGGUGCUGAUAGGAGCUGGGCUUUGGUUAAAGUUGGCUUCCAGCUGAUGUACAGUGCAUGGUGCUGCCCUGGUCGCUGUGGCGACCAAAUGAAUGCAUGGCUCAAACUGAUGAUACCUCUCCCUCUCUAUAUCCUGCUCUCUAUCCUCAGUGGAUUGGAGGGCUGUCUGUUUCUUUAGAUUUGUAUAAUAGCCCUGUUAUUAAACUUCUAUUUUGCACGAUACGUCAUGAAACACAUUAUGUGCCUUGCCUUUAGUUAGACAACAAUAAUACAUUAAGGAAAAGUGGUCACACUUUUCAUGGUACAGCUGGUAGCACUUAAAAAACAGCAACAAAAAAAGCUGCAUGUGUGAUGGCUCGACAUGAAGCGGUGUAGCAGGUACACAGUGUUAGCUUAAACAGUGCAGUGUAUGAAGCAGAGGCUGGGGGCAUUGCUUAUCCUCUGCUACCAUCACGCUGAACACAGUGGGAGGGGAAAGUCUGACAUUUGGGGGAAUUUCACUUGAGAGUCACAUGGAAGGACACACAGUGUAGACCUGUUGUAUACGUAGUCCAGAGCUCUGCACGGAGCUGAGCUAACGCUGACCUGACUUCCAGGUCAUCUGCUGAUAGGGUGGGUGUGGUGAUUGGCCCCUCCACAUAGCUACUGUUUCACAAGACCAAGUGAAUCAUCGCCAUGACGACAGAGAGCUCCGAAACAUGGAGUCAAAGUGCUGCGAGACUAAAACUAGAAAACAGCUGUAGCAGCAGAUCUCGGACGUCCCUCCACUGUAAGCAGCUGAUGUGGCUCAGGUCGGUGUGUGUGUGUGUGUGUGUGUGUGUGUGUGUGUGUGUGUGUGUGUGUGUGUGUGUGUGAAACUGACAGUGGUGAAAUGUUGCGAACCAAACACUAUGGAAGGUCCUCCCAACACAAACCUCAGCUCUGCCUGCAUCCUGUUUUCAUAUGAAGUGUUAUAUACACAAUUGACAGUAUUUAUUGCAGGGAAAAGUCUUAUUGUGAAUAUUUUGGCAUUUAGCCAAAGUGGCCAAGCCACUCAACCCCAUCUAAUGGAGAGAUGUUAAGCAGCUCUGUGAUUGGCCACUGGAACACCGUCCAUAAGACGACUCUGACCACGUGACCAAUCACGGCACGAGAUACUACAAAGGCCAUAGAUGAGUUUGACUUUUAUAUGGGUGCAUGCACGUAACACUAUUCUUACUCUGCUUGGCAAUCAUGUUAGUCUUUAGUUAUUUCUUGAGUUGUUUUUGUUGUGUUGCUUGUAGCAUUAUAGUUUUAAACACUGCAGUGUGCGUGUAAAAUGUGUACAACAUGGACUUAUCAGUCAUAAAAAGGAUGUAUAGAUGUUUGAGAUGCUGGCCAAGUAGCAGAGGAAGACCCAUGAGAUGGGAGGAGUUAAGCUCAGCUGCGUGAGCGAGGAUAGACCAUGAAAGGCAAACACUGUAGUGGAGAGAGACAAUAUUGGAAGUCGGGGUGAAGGGAACUAGAAUGGAAGGAAAUGGAAUGAAGGAAAGACAGACCUGGCUGACUCAGGUCCUGGGGCAGCUCUUAGAUGUUAGUGGACCUCUCGUUAGUGAAGAGUGCUUUAGAAAUGAGCACAGGCUACAGAUACAGACACACACCUGAAACUAAAUAAAAUGUGCUCAGUAGUGACGAUCAGAAAGCUCAGAACGCAGAGCUUUGUGUCUACCGAAGAGCUUGAGUCACAGAUACCGGGCCGUUGUUUGCACUCCCUCUUUGAAUCAAAGAUAUGUUGGCUGUAAUAAUGCCCUAAAUAAGACGACUGUGGUGAUCUGUGUCUCCGGCAGCACCAGGUAUGAAGCUGGACUGUCACAUGGUUGUUUCUGCCUGUGAUGCACAACAGGAACCUGAGUGCAGGACAACUAAAGUCUCUCUAGUUCAAAUUGAAGACAACACGGAAACCAGCUUAAUACUUUCAUUUAAAUCAGCUGUCUCCCACAGCUCAAAGAAGAGAAGCUAAUGUUUAUUGUAAUGAUCCCUGAGCACAUCGUAGCACUGCUCCGUAUGCUCUACCUGGAGCCAAGAUCAACAGGGAUGGAACUUGUGAGAUGAUGUACGCUCUAUUUAAGUCGAGUCUGUAUGUUUCCAGGCUGGCAGGAGAGGUUUGCUUGUGUGUUGGAGCAGGUUAUGAUUUGUGAUUCUUUUUUCUCUCUCGCUGACAAUAGAACAUGCACAAAAAACGCGUCCACAGCUGAGUGAAGUGUCUCUUCAUUCCACCUUACAAAAUGUACCAAGUAGAGACAUGCGGUGAGCUCAGGCCUCAAUAUCAAACUAGGCCAGAUAAUAACAAUGAUCAGGACAUCUGGAGUCCAACGUGUGCAGAGCUGAGAAUAAUGUGUUCAUCACAUGCAUUCAGCCUCUCACGCAGACAUUGAGCUCUCCACUUUCUCUGCUCUAUUCAAAUAUACCAGCAGGUCAGCAACAAACAGAAGCAGUGCCGAUCACUUGGCUGCUUUGUUCAGUGUCCUACGGGCUGGUACUGGGACAUCACCAGAUCUGGCCGGUGGAGACGGGCUGUGCAGGUAACAAGCCAUAAAAACAACCCAAAGAGUGGAAGGAACAUCUAGAGGAAACACUGACAGACUAUAAAUAGUGUUCUUUAUUUAGGUCGGAUUAAAGAUGUGACCUAUUUUCGCCUGUGAUGUGGU